CUGGGUGGGCUUCCAAGGACCCGAGGAGUACCCCAUGCAUCACGAGCCGAGCUGGCUGUGCUUCCAUUGAGAGGAGCACCCCAGAAGGUGUCAACAUGGAGGAACAUGGAUUCAGAUUUCGCUUCACUUUCCCUCGACCCAAAUAUGAGUACGGCACCCUGGAUUUCGGUGAGGACGACGAAGAUGAGUGUUUACCGAGGCAGAGGAAACCUCCGGAGGUGAGGAAUGCACUCCGUGAGAAGAGAGUCGCGUUUCGGCAAAAGGCCGCACGCCACCACGCCAAGGUAGCCCUGCGUAAAUACAACACAGCAAACAACACCAAGUUUGAGCUGGUGGAGGUACGAGUGAUCCGUCUGUUUUGGGAGUUUGGAGGGGGCUGCAUCCAUUACAACUUCACAGCUAAACCAGAGGAUCAUCAUCAUUUUGCUGAUGCUGCUGACGCUGACAGCACCAAGCUUUUCUUCUCCGAGGUUGACAACCCUUUCCAUGGCGAGAAUGAUGUGCUCCUGUGCUGCAUUGUUGGGGAAAAUGAUAAUGGGCAUUGCUACGGCUGCGAAGGCUUCAAGCCAACCGUUGUUCACCCUAACAGCCACGCAUAUGGCGGUGGUAAUACUACGUGCAUUGAUUUUGCUGGUUCAGACGGCAGCUCAGAGAGUGAUUAACUCACAAAAUCUUACAGUGGUCGAGCUUGAUCGGUGGUUGGAUUUGGCCUGCACGGCUAAUCUUCAAGUGUGUUCUGUCUUGGCUCUUCUUGCCAAGAAAAUUGCACUUCUGUUGGUUAAUGCCUUUCUUAAGCAGGAGUAUCUUUUAGUGGCUAUACAUAUAUAUUUGUAGUGAGUUGGUGCAUAAAGUUAAACGAGGACAUGGGAAGUGAAACCCGAGAUUUA